UCCUGAUCAGAUACACGCUCAGGUGUAAAACCGGUUUUCACAAUACUGGUUUUCCUUCUUUCUGUUUCUUCAGAAACCAGGCAGUGAUGCCUAUUGAUUCAGAACAACACCCCCUCACCACAAGAUUAUAAGUUAAAACCCUGGAGUUGUAGCUGUAGUCAGAAAAAAGGAGAGUCAGGCACUUAGAACAAGACGAUGUCUGGUUCACUAAAGCAGUGAAUUGGGAGUAUUGGUCUCAAGUAACAGCAACAUUCACCUUGACAGAACACAAACACAGAAUCAACACUGAAAUCAGAUAUGUGCCACCAGGAGCCAACUUGGCCACCAAGCUUUUCAAAACCCUCUUUGCUGUAACUAAACCUUCCAAACUACAUUGGGCAAGUUGUGAGGUGAUCAGAAAAUGUCUAUCAGAACAUCCAGCCACUUCAAAACUGGGAUUGCAGGAAAGAGCAAGAAGGUGAAACUGCGGGACGUCUUGUCAACAGACAUGAUUAGCCCCCCACUUGGGGAUUUUUGCCACAGAUCGCAUAUUGGCAAGAGUGGAGAGAGCGACACAUUUGGUGACAUGUCUUUCCUCCAGGGACAGCAUGAUCUCCUGUCAACCUUAGGUACAUCAAAAGACCUAGAGGGUAGGGGGCCCCCAAAACCCCCUCGUCUACACCUGAAAGAGUCUUUCAAUCUGGCCCAUAGUGCGUCAGUCGAUACUAUGCCAGCCACUAUCAAACCUACAAAUAAUCAACCAAUUGCUGACUCAACCACCCUCCACCACAACCGAUCAGGGGGCUCACAUGAAGAGUUAGCCGAUGGUCAGAAAGCCGAUGAGAAUCAGCAACAAACUGAAGAUUUAGAAGCACAACAGUGCCCAACUGAGACUAAAGUUUAUGAGUGUCCGUCAGACUCCAUGUUUUCAUUUAAGAUAGAUUUGGGACCUUCAAUAUUGGAAGAUAUUCUCAAAGUUAUGGAUAAUUACAGAUGCUAAGACUUCACAUUUUGUUAGCUGCUGAAGAAUGGCAGCAAAUUAGGCAGAAUAAUGCCAACCUUCAUUCAAAGUCUAACGACACCCUAACUCAUCCAGUUGUCAAAGAAAGAAAAGUUUAUUAUUAAUGAAUAUUUAGUAAUAAGCAAGGCGGAAAAUUGUAAGUAAACCUCAUACAGUAUCACAUUCACAUGACUCCAAACAUUAUGACACUUAUCAAUUGAUCUGUGAUAAAAAGGGCUAAGGGGAAAAUCUCACAGGAAUGAGGAGUUUGUAAGAGUGAUGUGCUCUCGAGGGUCAUCUGCAUGGCAGCUUGCAAAGGUUUUCAAACUAGCACAAGCAUUUUUAGCGCACUGUGAUCUAUAUCUAAUGCUCUUUUAUUUCCCAUACCC